ACACUGGCUCAUCUUGCAAAGACCUCAAAGAAUGUCCAAAACGUGGAUUGUCAUGUUGUUUGUUUGUGCUUCUUCGUCGUUCUUUCUUCCUUUCAAUCAUUUUGAGUUUUCGUUCAUAGUUCACUUGGAGUUCCUUCAGAUUGUUUUCCAAAGUUUGCACCGCCUUGGCAUGUCGUUCUUCCACUUUUCCCCGUGCCGUUAGCCUAAGCUGUCGUUCUUCUUUCAACCAGGUUUGUUCAAACUCCCGUCGAGCAAUUUCCUUUUCCAACGAGAGCUGUGUUCGACGACUGACCUCCUGAAACUCAUGUUCCAACUUGGUGACCAGAUUUUUGCUGCGACGGAGAGAGCUGUUGACCACGUUGGGAAGUCGAAUAAAGAGGUCGACAAAUGCUUUGGUCGGUUGUUGACAAAUCAAACAAUUAUUCUUUUUAUUGUUGGCAUGGGUGCACGCUUGGUGAUAAAUAUGACCACAGCCCGUCGCCACUGCCACGGGCUUUUCGUCGUGGAUGGAUUCCCAACAGACGGGACACAUAGUCUCCGUCUUGUCGUCAUUGACGUCGAGCGACGACAUGUUACUUGGUCAAAGGAAGCUAAUCAAAGGAAGAUUCGAUUGGAUGCGAUGGUGGAAGUGAUGUGUUCUGGGAAUUCCGAUCGAGUUCUGGAUUCGAUUCGAGUAUCAUUCAGGUUCUGCUAACUCCUGCUUGUGGUUGGUCCAUCUUCUUCUUCUGAAGAUGGGACCAUUCCAAUGACACUGCUACUAUUCUAAAAGCUACCAGCUCGCUGUGGUUGUCAGGUCUUCACUAUAAAGACCUCCUCCGCUGUGCUACAGUCGUACCGCGACCGUACCAUUGAGAGUGAUCGAGAGCUUCUUGCAAAGUGAUCGAGACGGGCUGCAUUCUGAAGUGAUCCGUUUGACGUCAGGCCGCACCUCAUUUAUUUUUGGUUUGGAUUCAGGCCAAAUUAGGGUGGAGGCUGUCCAAAAGCAGGCUGAGCUGGUCGAGCAUUGACCGUUAUUCAACUGCCAAUAUUCUCUUGCGCGGUACAUUUGGUUCCUUUACUGUCGAACUGGCACCAAAAGUGCCUUGAGCCUUCCUUUUUCAGUGGUCGACGUCUAUCACUUUUUUGUGCGUUUCCCAUUAAAUUUUGAGGCAGCAACCAUUCGCGGUUGCACUGCAGCAGGUUCAAAGCAAAAACAAUCCGCGGUUCCACGCACCCAUCUUUCCGAGGAGGUUACCAAAAGCACACGGUACAGGUAUAUAUAUAAAGGGGUCCCAGAGUAUUGGAAUAGUUCAAGAAGAGGAUACCAAGACUUCGCUGCAGGUCAUUUUUGCUAAACCAAGACCAUGCUGGCUGAAACAAACAACAACAAUGGAGACACUAGCAAGUUCACCCGGUUGAGGUUCAUGGUGACAAUCCUGGCAAUCCUUGUGAGCUGGAGGCUCGUUGUGGUUGUUCUGGAGAAUUUCAAGGAUCAAUUGGACAUGGCCGAUGCUUCCUUCAAGGACAGAAUUGUUGCUGCCUGUCCACCGGCAUCCACAGCCAGCAUUUUGGGGGACGUGAUUACCAAUGUCGCUACCAGUGCUGCCACUGCCAGUCGAUUCAAGGGGGACCCCGUGAGAGAAUUUGAUGGACAACGCCGAUUCGGUCCGACAGCCAGAGCCCCAACCAAAGUGGAAGAGAAGAAAAGCAAAAUGGAAACAGGAGGCAACAGUACAGCUCCAGAGGACUUGCCCUCCUUUCUACAAAGAGAGCCUCUUUACCAAAAAUGCAACCAGUGGGCUGUGGUCACUACAAUAUAUGAACCAGCCGAUGCCAUCAAACGCGUCGGUAAUCAGCUUACCCAAUGGUGCAUGGUGGUGGUGGCAGAUACCAAGACACCCAAAAACUACAUGGACAUGGCUGGCUGGAACAACACUGGUGGCGGCACAAAGGUUCGAUUCUUGUCUGUCCCCGCGCAGGAGCAACUCGCCAAGAUGGUCCCCUUUGUGGAACAAACACCCUACCGGAGUUUUGCACGCAAGAAUAUUGGGUAUCUCUACGCCAUUUGGAUGGGAGCCACUACCAUUUUUGACUUUGAUGACGACAAUUUGGUCUCACUGCGCAGUGAGUUGCAAGGUGACAUGUUUUCUGGUGAAGAACUAAUGGCAGCCUUUGCUGACGAAAACAGGGAACGACACAUGAUCAAGCAUAUCAGCACAGCCAUGUCCUAUGAGGGACGUGCAUUCAAUCCUUUCCCAGUCAUGGGAGCCUCUGUCUCGGAUUCUUGGCCUCGUGGAAUGCCUUUGUCUCUUAUCAGCAGCGUAGAAGCCAGGGGACAGAGAGGUCCACUGUUGAUCAAAGAAUUGGAGCGAUCCAAUAUUGCUGUGGUCCAGUCUGUUUGUGACAAUGACCCUGAUGUAGAUGCUAUCUACCGGCUGAGUCGACCAUUGCCAUUUCAUUUUGCCAUGGACAGAUCCAAGACCAUGACAAUUGAAGUGCCUUCCAAACUCUACAGCCCUUAUAAUGCACAAGCAACUCUGCACUUCCCUGUGGCAUUUUGGGGAUUGUACUUGCCCAUUACUGUUAAUGGACGAGUCAGUGAUAUCUGGCGAUCUUACAUAGUUCAGCGUCUAUUGAGGGAGCUCGAGGCACCAGCCCGUGUUUUGUACAGUCCACCCAUGGUCACUCAGUUCCGUAAUGCUCAUGACUAUGCUGGUGACUUUGUUGCCGAACAGCAUUUGUAUCUCCGUACAGAAGCAUUGCUGGAAUUUUUGGACAGCUGGAGAUCCAGCACAGAGGGAAGUGCGGGCGAUUCAUUACAAGCACGAAUUGAAGAUCUUUGGAUUGAACUAUACAAAAGGCAGUAUAUUGAAAUGACAGAUGUAAAAGCAGUCCAAGAAUGGCUCACUGCUCUCCAACAAGGUGGGUACAAAUUUCCAGCCAUCCAAGACAAGGUCAUUAAUCCAAGCACAGGUGGAGUUGAAGACCGCCGAGAGUGUGCACGUAAAAGACUCGCCAACUGGGACGAACCAAAGCCUACUAUGAUGGGAGGCUCCAACUUUGGUGCCCUGACAUUUGAUCACCCCAGUGGAAUGUCCAUUGCCCGGUUGCUGGCAGAAUACGAGGUGGUCAACCCCUUCCCACACAGUGUAGACCUGGUUUGUCGUGCUGGGGCAAAACAUGGUCCAUGGGAACUGGCUGUCAUGAUCGAGAGUCUAGAACUCUACUGGCCCAGGUGUGCAGGUCGUGUUCUUGUUGUUCUCGAUGUUGGUGAUGAAGAGUUUGCUAGACAAAACAUCCCAUCUUGGGUUGAAGUGAUGUAUUCAACAUUUGAGUAUGGUAUGCCAGGCAGACUGGGGAACCAGCUUUUCAACAUGUACACUGAGCAGCAAGGGUCGUCUGAGUAUGUGGCGAUUAUGGACACAGAUACAGCAUUCCAUACCCCCAUCACCCCGGAUAUGUUGUUCAACCUUGAAAAAGAGGGUGCUCCGCCUUACAUCAUGGCAGAGACAACCUAUCAGAAGGGAAUGUGGAGCAAGGGCGAUGAGUGGAUGUUUAAUGGUGACUCGGAUAAUUGGAAUUUUAUGAUUAAGCUGCCCACAGUCUGGCCUCGAGCCAUGUUUCCUCAGUAUCGAGCGGAUGUUGAAGCAAUGCAUGGCAACAAGAAGGAGACUACAGAACUCUGGAGGGAUCUGUGGAAGGCCGACAAGGGUAGAAUUUGGCAGAGGAUGUCCCAAUUUUGUGUGCUAGGGAAUUGGAUGGUGCGUCAUUGGAAGGGUUCUCCUUUUGAUUUGAGGAAAGAAAGUGACACCCCAGCGAUGCGUUAUGGAGUUCACCUUCCAUACUAUGAUGGGCUUGACUUUGGCUCAGAAGGAAAGAAUGACCCUGAUGCAUUCCAGAAAACAGGUCGUGAACAAAUUCUGAGGGGUGUGUGUGAGCUUUUCUGCCAUGAAACACCACGCAAGGACGGGUCACCACCAGCUGCAGGACUUGCAGAUGGAAACCUACCCAAGCUUCGUGAAUGUGGUGCAAAGUGUCCAAACCCAAUCAAACAGCCAAAUGACAUGUACUUCAAAUAUGAGAAAAUUGUGUAUGGGACUCCAGAAAUGCGUCUUGCUAUUUUGGCCAACCAUUUUCAACCUUUCAAAAUGGUGAUGGGUUCUGUCAUUUCCAAUGCAACCACCACCACCACCACCAACUAACUUUUUGACAUGCAUCCGAUUUUCACAUGCAUGUUCUCUAGCCCCGGUUUAGGUGUUAUUGCAGGAGUUUUGCUUCAGUAACCCUUGGGUGGCUGACUGGUUCCUGGCCUGGUAUCAACUGGAUAAUACAAAAAUAGAUUUAAAAGGUCAAAAAGGUUUUCAAGAAGACUUGACUAUAUAGCCUUCUGGUGACAGGCUGAUGGGGUUUCUGUAGCCCUUGUUCCUGGCAGCGGUUUUUGUUUCUAGA